GCAUCUGCACGAUGCUGGAAACCAAGUUUGAUUCCGCUACGAGAUGAAUCCUGCCAACGAAACCAGAGCCGAGAGAAGCAGCGCGGACAAUUUCCUUUUCGCAACUGGCACGUACAAACUUCUCGCCUUCACCAUCGGCACCAUCGGAGUGUUCGGCUUCUGCAACAACGUCGUUGUGAUUUUGCUCUACAGUAAAUUCAAGAGACUCCGGACUCCCACUAAUCUGUUGCUGGUCAACAUCAGUCUGAGCGACCUGCUGGUCUCAGUCAUCGGGAUAAACUUUACCUUCGCGUCGUGCGUCAAAGGCGGCUGGAUAUGGAGCCAGGCAACGUGCGUCUGGGACGGAUUCAGCAACAGCCUCUUCGGCAUCGUCUCCAUCAUGACUCUGGCCGCCCUGGCGUAUGAGCGCUACAUCCGGGUGGUCCACGCCCAGGUAGUGGACUUCCCCUGGGCGUGGCGGGCCAUCGCCCACAUCUGGCUGUACUCGCUGGCCUGGACGGGCGCUCCUCUGCUGGGCUGGAACCGCUACACGCUGGAGAUCCACCAGCUGGGCUGCUCUCUGGACUGGGCGUCCAAGGACCCCAACGACGCCUCCUUCAUCCUCCUCUUCCUGCUGGCGUGCUUCUUUGUGCCCGUGGGCAUCAUGAUCUAUUGCUACGGCAAUAUUCUCUACACAGUGCAGAUGCUGCGCUCCAUCCAAGACCUGCAGACGGUUCAGAUCAUCAAGAUUCUGCGUUACGAGAAAAAGGUGGCCGUCAUGUUCCUCCUGAUGAUUUCCUGCUUCCUGGUGUGUUGGACGCCGUACGCCGUCGUCUCCAUGAUGGAGGCCUUCGGCAGAAAGAGCAUGGUUUCUCCCACUGUGGCCAUCAUCCCUUCGUUCUUCGCCAAGUCCAGCACGGCGUACAACCCCCUCAUCUACGUCUUCAUGAGCAGAAAGUUCCGCCGCUGUCUGCUGCAGCUGCUCUGCUCCAGGCUGUCUUGGCUGGAGCGCAGCCUCAAAGAACGCCCCCUGACCCCGGUGGAGCGCCCCAUCCGUCCCAUCGUGGUGUCCGGCGCGUCGUGCGGCAGCCGGAACCGGCCCAAGAAGAGGGUGACCUUCAGCUCCUCCUCCAUCGUCUUCAUCAUCACCAGCGACGACCUGGAGCAGCUGGACGUGACCUCCAGGGCGAGGGCGUCCACGCGCUUCAACGUCAUUCAAGUGAGGCCGCAGUGAUCCUCACCCCUCCCACCACUCCGUAUGCCUUAGGAACCUCAACAUGCAAUUUCCAAGCCAAAACAGUCCCGUCUGACCUUCCUCGGACGUUUCAAACACAGUUCCAGAUUUGUUAUAACUUUGUGUAAAUAUCCAGCCGCGGGCCCUGGAUCUCAGCUGAGCCUGUUCCAGUAGUCAUGACAGUUCGACAUCCUCAUCCAACAUUCUACUGUGGUGGUUUCAGUACUUUACAGACUUAUUUAACAACUAGUAGAGCUCCUCACACUUCUUUGUCGGAUAUGCCAUACAAUAUAUGUGACAAGUGUAGGACUGUGUUGAGUAUUUAGGGGUCAUUUAUUGACUUGAGUUUGGAUUUACAUGAGUUUCUUUGUUUUGGUUGGUACCCAACUGCAAGUGUGUAAAAUGGAAAACAAGCCUUAGCUUCUUUAGCCAUGAACCAUGAUGCACAAACUGGCAUUAUUGUGUACGUAUUCAAUAAAGAGAUCCUAUUUUAAGCUA